AUGUCGAGCGCAAAGGACGACCUGACCACGGCGGUGCUCCGGGCACUGGCCGACGUCGAGUCGCUGGUGACAAGCGAGGUGUUCCCGAAUGAGAAGACAACCGACAUCAAGGCGGCAUUGGACCGGUUACGGUCCCGGUCGAUGCUGGCCUACGAGACGCUGGAGCGCGACGAGUACCUGCUGGAGCCCGAGGGCGAGCAGAUUGCGGCCAACGGCAGCCACGAGGCGCGCGUGUUCGAAGCCUUGCGCCAGGCCGUCGAGGGCCUGUCGGUGGCCGACCUGGAGAAGGCCGUGGGCGACAAGCAGGUGACGAAGCUGGGCCAGGGCAAGGCCUUCCGCGAGAAGUGGAUUGCCAAGACGAGCGACGGCAAGUUCAAGGCCGUGGCGACGGACAUUACCGACACGACGCGGCAGCAGCUGCAGGCCAUCCAAAAGGACCACGCACACCCGGACGCCAAGGUCAUUGCCGAGCUGCGCAAGCGCAAGCUGGUGCGCCUGCAAAAGGUCGUCAGCUUCCGCGUGCGCAAGGCGGACAAGUUUGCGCUCGAGAUGGUGCGCGAGGAGACGGACCUGACGGCCGACAUGCUGGCCUCGGGCGCCUGGAAGACGGCCACCUUCAAGCCGUACAACUUUGACGCCCUCGGCGCCGACCAGAACGCCGGCGCCCUGCACCCGCUCAACAAGGUCCGCCACGAGUUCCGGCAAAUCUUCUUUGAGAUGGGCUUCGAGGAGAUGCCCACGGACAAGUUUGUCGAGUCGGGCUUCUGGAACUUUGACACCCUCUUCGUCCCGCAGCAGCACCCGGCACGCGACCUGCAGGACACCUUUUACAUUUCCGACCCGCCCCGCGCCGACCCCCCGCGCGCCGCCGACGAGACCGACACCAAGGACUACAAGCAGUACUGGGACAACGUGCGCCAGGUGCACGAGACGGGCAAGUACGACUCCAUUGGCUACCGCUACCCGUGGUCGCCCGAGGAGAGCUUGAAGCUGGUGCUGCGCACGCACACGACGGCCAUCUCGUCGGCCAUGCUGCACCGCCUGGCCGCCAAGAAGGGCCCCGACGGCCGGCCACCGCCGGCGCGCUACUUCUCGAUUGACCGCGUGUUCCGCAACGAGUCCGUCGAUGCGACGCACCUGGCCGAGUUCCACCAGGUCGAGGGCGUGAUUGCCGACUACGGCCUGACCCUGGGCGGUCUGAUGGAGUUUAUGGAGAUUUUCUUUGGCAAGAUGGGCCUGGAGGACCUCAAGUUCAAGCCGGCGUACAACCCGUACACCGAGCCCAGCAUGGAGAUCUUCAGCUACCACAAGGGCCUCGGCAAGCUGGUGGAGAUUGGCAACAGCGGCAUGUUCCGGCCGGAAAUGCUCGAGGCCAUGGGCCUGCCGCGGGACAUGCGCGUGUACGGCUGGGGCCUGAGUCUGGAGCGGCCGACCAUGAUCAAGUACGGCAUCUCCAACAUCCGGGAGCUUCUGGGCCACAAGGUGGAUCUCAACUUCAUCAAGAAGAAUCCAGCUGUGCGGCUGGACAAGGAUUAG